UUCCUCGUCGAAGCUUAUAACGAUCUUAUAGGAUAUAUUGAGGUUAAGAUCUUAUUGAACAAGUCCUUCGAGUCCGUUAAGUCCUUUAUUUUACAAUAUAUCCUUUUUAUAGUUGUCGAUAGAGGCUCUAAGUUUAAGGGCGAAGUUAAGAAGAUCCUUUAUAAAUUAGGUAUUAAGAGAGUUAUUAUCUUGCUAUAUAAUUUAUAUACGAAUGGUGUAAAUGAGGCUAGCUAUAUCCUAAUUGCUACCUUGUUUAUAAAGAUGACUAAUAGUAUAAGAAAGAGGUAG